AUGUAUUACUUUACGCAUUCACCUACGAUUGUAACUGAUUUGCCAAAGAACCACAAUUGCUGCCUUGCGGCAACGGAUGACGAAAAGUUUGUUGCGAUUUACAGUUACCUGCUUAUACGCAGUUGUAUUCCUACAUGCAACAAAAUUAUCGUUGGCAACCGUCGUGGCCGUAUUGUGUGCUUAAAUUGGUUCGGCGAAGUUCUUCAAAAUGAGGGCUUCAAUCUACACACAAUUCCUGUACAAUCUGAAUUCGGCAACACUGCAGGUACUUAUCUCCGUAUACUAAUCCAGCUUCUAGUUACGAGUCAUAUUGAUUCCGCAGUCAACUGUAAAUCCUUCUAUUGGGCACCCACAUUAGGAGGAUUUCUCAUUACUCUCACAAAUGAUCGGCUGCUUCUAGUAAUCCUCCCUUUAUCUCGACUGGAUUCGGAGCUUUUAAAAGCUGUUUGGCUGCCGUUUGUUGAAGACCCCACUGUGAUCACAGUUAACAGCCGUUUUCGAACCUUUGCCGUAGGAACUUCUGUGGGCAAUGUUACCGCCUACCGUCUUGAUGAGAUGUCCAACAUGCCUAUCAUCCAACAAAACUUCUGCUUUCCCGAUCCGGUCAGACAUGGUAUCAACAAAAUGCCUGGAUCUGUGAAGGCAAUGUCAUGGUCUCCAGAUGGCUACUGUCUUGCCGUCGCAUGGAGUACCCACGGGUUAGCUCUGUGGAGUGUAUUUGGGUCGCUGCUGUACUCCACCCUGCCCGAUCAAAUCGAAGUCACUCGGUUCUUAUUUCCCCUCAGCUUUUGCUGGACGCUGAGGGGCUUUCAUCUGUGGACGGUGUCGAGUUUCAUCGAUGACCCGGACAGACGUGCACGAGAAGAAAACUUGGCUGCUUUUCGCGAGCGUCUGAUGCAGAAUUGCAAUGCGCUGCCCUCAACCCAACGCCAAAUCGCCAUCAACGUGGCGAAAAUGCGCGCGGAUUUGGGUUUGGAUGAAGAUGCGGAGCUAGAGGACCAAGUCUCGUCCAACUCAAAGAAUCAGAAUUUUCUCAUGAUCUUCCACCUGGCCAAGUCGGCUUUGGUCUCGAAUCCUACAUCGGAUAACCAUUUGCACCUGCUGUUUUGUACCCCGGACACCCUGUUUGUCACCGUGCGACGGUUCCUGCACUCUCGGCGAAACAUGCUCCACAUCCCUGUGCCGCAGAUUUACAUCCGCGCCAAUUUUCCCGUCAAGGUCAAAACGUCUACCAUCAAACCGACAUCCGAAUCGGGCACGGCCCGACAGGAGGUGGGUACUUUUGGCGGGUUCGCCGCUUUAAACACAGUGGGUAGUCAUUUGGUUGUCGCUGGUCGUCGGGGCCUCGCUGUCUGCUUCCUCUCUUCCCUUCAGUGGCGUCUCUUCGGCAAUGUCACUCAGGAACAGGCCUUCGAAGUCCACGCCGGCUUGGCCUGGUGGGGUCGAUUCAUUUGCUUAUGCGCCUUCAACCAUAGUGCAAGUCAUUGUGAGAUUCGAUGCUACCCCAGUACAGAGAAGUUGGACGAUCGCUUUGCGUCGAUUCUUGCGCUAGACAACUCCAUCCGCCCUCUACUGCUCGAUGUCGUGGGCGACAGACUAAUUCUUUUCUCCACCGAUAGCCACUAUCGAUCUUUCACCCUGGCUCCUGGAACCAAGUCGCCUGAAGUUGUGAUAACCCCGCACUUUGCUUUCAACCUUUCAUCGUUCUUUCCCUAUGCCUACUGCCUCACGCGGAUUUGCCCUUUCGCAUUGCAGUCCCAUCACCCCAGCCUGCAGUCCAACUUAGCCCGCGAUGAUCACCAUUCGCUUCCUGCAAGGGCUGAAGACGACGGCACAAUUCUUGUUAUCUACGCCGGCAACCUUCUACUCUUCCCCAAACUAGUUUCGUCUUUAGUUGAAUCGAAUGGUGCCGAGAGUAAUGCCGCAUUGGGAGGCUUCCUCGGGUUUGUGACUAGGCAGGAGACGACUCCUAAAAAAUAUCGGGACUCCUUCAAUCCCACCCUGAUCGCCUCCAACGUAGAGUUUCUAUGGGCCUGCACAACCACACCGGCAACAUCCACCUGGUCUUCAUGUCCGGCUCAAAGGUCGACUGAAAGUCCAGAGACCAGUGAUGAUGAUGGCGAUGAUGAUGCUACCGAGAAAGAUUAUUCUACAGCAAUUUCGUCCCCCGAGGCUGUAACCCAAGCUAUUCCCUUGCUCAAUGGCUCAAUCUGGCUCCAUUGCGGCGCCGAUGGAGUGAAGAUUUGGUUUCCUCUGGAGUUGGGCGUCGUAAGACAACCCUCAGGGGGACUACCUGAGGUCCCGCUUUCUCCGAAUUUUGAUAAAAAAGCGCAAUUCAGUUACCUUCCUCCGGCUACCUCAACGAAGGCUUCGAGGCGCGUGAUGCUUUCCCUGAGGCUUAAUGGACUCACUUAUCCCUUAACCAUUUUUCUCGACAAAGCUGUCGUUGUGACUAUCCAAAGCGACUACCUGCGCACUGAACGGUCGUUUUCUGAUACACUGGCCGAUCCCUGUAUCCAAAUGCCGUUUUACUGUGUCCAGUUCAAGACCAACUUGUUCCUACCACACCUGCUCAAGGAUUUGUUGCUCAAAAAUCUAUCUGGCGUGGCAUUUGAACUUGCUUCUGCCUACCAACACCUCCCGUACUUCCAACACAUUUUGGAGCUGCUCCUUCAUGAAGUCCUCGAAGAAGAGGCUACUUCGAAAGUCCCAAUUCCAGACCCACUGUUACCCCAAGUGGCCGCCUUCAUUGAGCACUUUCCGCACUUUCUCGACGUCGUGGUCCAGUGCACCCGCAAGACAGAAGUUACUUGGUGGCGUCACCUCUUCUGCGCCCUGGGUCGCCGACCGAAAGACGUCUUCGACCAGGCCAUGUCACUGGGUCAACUGGAGACGGCAGCUUCGUGUCUGGUUAUACUCCAAAACUCCGAAUCCCACGCGACCAGCAAGCAGGCAUUAAAGCGGUUUAAGGCAUUGAUUACCUUGAAACCAAGUCGAGUUUGUUUCUUGUGUGCCUUGAUUCUGCUGGAAAAAGUAAUCCAAGAAUCUCACUGGCAUCUCGUCAAGGACCUCAUGCGUUUUCUCAAGGCCACAACCAUGUCUGAGAAAUGCUCGUCUCCCCCUGCAAACGGAACAGAGGUGACCCUAAAUGAGGUCGACUCCUUUGUUGAACGCCUCAAGUGCCGUUUCUUGAGGGAGGGGUCAUGGAGGUCCCUGGAGGAGAUAUUUGCCAAUGUGCCCCCACCGCCUCUACCCCCAUCCCUGCUCAGUAGCCUGUCAGACUCUUUUGAUACUGUGGAUUUAGUCCUGCCGCAUUGGGUAUUGGAGCAUCGCGAGCACGUUUUGGACGUUGAUGACUGGCCAAAGUGUUUCCUCCGCCUUCACUCGGACUUCUCCUGGUUUCUGCCCGUGGGUGGUCAGCGGGAACUCUCGAGACCGGGCAUCGCUCGUGCCAUCAACGGAACCUCCGAAAAAGUGCUCACUACGACCUCCCGGUCUGUCUGGUACGUCCACAUCAAUCCGGCCAUCGGGCAGUAUGCUAUUGCAGAAUACUUUGAAGUUGAGCUGUUAGUGUCAGGUAUUGGACCUGCACCUCAAUUGUUAAGUGCAAUAGCUGAGGAAGCGCUAGAUGUUGUUCAUCUUCAACCUGGGAAUUCUUCUAAUCCGCUUACCAUAAUAACCGCGUGGCUGUUGUCAUUUUACAGCCACUCAACCACGCCAGAAGAGGCUCUCACUUUCACCCAGGCAUCCCGAACAUGUCAACAAGUGCUCCUUCUUCUAAAUCACCUCCUCUGGAUUGUUCGAGAGCUAAAUGCUUCUGGAUCAAGCUUCGGCAAUUCUGAGGAGUCUAUUCUCUGCUGGACCACUCUUGUUGCCGUUCUGGUCCUUGACAAGCAGGCUCUCAGUACUGUAUUCUCGUUGUCUUCUGUCAAACCGGACACUACUCUUACCAACGGUCCCCAGUCUCGGAAGGUAGAGAGAGAGGCGGGAGUUAAUAAACUACUUCUUCGGAUCCUGAAUGGUCUUGGAGCUUUAGAGGCCAUGAUAUCUGCCAAUCCACAGGCGGCUCCCGACUACUUCGCCUUCUUCAAUGAAUUGAAACCAAUAACUCGGUAUGUCCUAGUGCUUACAUUGUUGAGGGCCCCGGCACCGCGUUGA